AUGUCUCUCAAAACACUGCUCCUCCUCGCGGCCGCGCAUCUCGCGCAGGCCGAUUCCUCCCACGCCCUCUUCUACAAGGUCGUCGACAGGGAAACAGCCCAGCGUAUAGCCUCAAUCAAGGGCCUUGCCGCAGCGGGCAACGACACCCCCGUGUCCAAAAACCAGGGCUUCUGGUUCUCCCACUUCACCGUCGGAGCGAGUCCAGACCUCGAAAUCCUCAUCGACACCGGCUCGUCGGACGCCAUCCUCAACCCAGGCGUAUACAAGCCCUCGCCGGGGUCCGUCAACGCCAACCGCCGCUUCAGAAUCUCCUACGCCACCACCAACCCGGACGGAUCGGGCACUCUGACCGCAUCCGGCAACGUCUACCAAGACGUCAUCACCCAGCUCUCAGCCAACCUCACCGUAGCCAACCAAACCCUAGGCGACAUCCAAGACCCAGCCUCACCACCGACCUUCCCGCGCGACGGCCUCAUCGGCUACGCCAGCCAGCAGGGCAGCGCCCUCCGCGGCUCCCCCUUCAUCAACAGCCUCUGCGACCAGGGCGCCCUGUCAACGUGCCGCUUCGGCCUCGCCCUACGGCCCAACAAGACCGGCGAACUGUACUACGGCACACUAGCAACCGACACCUUCACAGAGCCGCUCACCACGGUCCCCCUAACACAGGGCGAGUGGGCGGUACAAGGCGACGUGACGGUCGACGGGGCGGCGGUCCAGCACGGCGCCAGCAUCAUCACCGACUCCGGGACGACCGUCAUCUUCGGCCCCACGCACCGCGUCGCCGACGUCUUCGCGCGCGCCGGCGUCCAGGCCGUGCCCACGAGCACCGGCCUCGCGGGCUACUACAACUGCAGCGCCCCGCCGACCAUUGGCCUCUCCUUUGCCGGCGCCAACUUUGACAUUCUGCCCGAGGCGCUGGCGUUUGCCAGCGACGGCGACAACUGCACCGCCGCGGUGCACGGGUCCGACGCCUUCGGGGACAAUUGGCUCGUCGGCCAGGCGUUUUUCCAGGGGCGCUACGUCGACCACAACGUCGCCGACGGGACCAUGGGCUUUGCCGACCUCAAGUGA